AUUUCGAUUUGUCAUCUCUCUCACACAAAAAAAAAACGCACAACACAGUUAGAGAUCCUGCAAUGGCGCCCAAAUCGGUUAAAUCGAUCCGUAACCCGGAACUGAUCCCCGGAGUUCUCAAGUGCUCACGCUCACAGAUGUACCACAAGCGUGGGCUCUGGGCUAUCAAGGCCAAAAACGGCGGAAAAUUUCCCCAGCAUGAGAAGGCCGCCGCAGCUCCGGCAGCGGAGGAGAAGCCUCCCAAAUUCUACCCUGCCGAUGACAUUAAGAAGCCCCUCUCCAACACGCGCAAGGCCAAGCCUACAAAGCUCAGAGCGAGCAUCACUCCCGGGACAGUGUUGAUCGUAUUAUCAGGGAGAUUUAAGGGGAAGAGAGUUGUUUUCUUGAAGCAGCUUUCCUCUGGAUUGCUUCUUGUAACUGGUCCAUACAAGGUCAACGGUGUUCCUUUGAGAUGUGUGAACCAGGCCUAUGUCAUAGGUACAUCAACUAAAGUUGACAUUACUGGUGUAAACCUGGAGAAGUAUGAUGACAAAUACUUCGCUAAACAAGUUGAGAAGAAGCAGAAGAAGGGUGAGAGUGAAUUCUUUGAGGCAGACAAAAAGGAGAAAAAUGAGCUUCCUGCAGAAAAGAAAGAGGAUCAGAAGGCUGUUGAUACCUCCUUGUUGAAGGCUAUUGAGGCUGUUCCAGAAUUGAAGACAUAUUUGGGUGCCAGGUUUUCGCUCAAGGCUGGAAUGAAGCCUCAUGAGCUUGUUUUCUAAAGGAAGUUUUUGGUUUCAAUUUUGUUUCUCUUAUCUCCCCUUUGUGGCAAACCUUAUUUGACAGGUUUUAUGGUGUUCAAAUUCAUUUAAUAUAACAUCUUGAGUUUUUGUUGA